AUGGUCUGCUACUACACGAACUGGGCCCAGUACCGCAAUGGGGCGGGAAAGUUCCUCCCCGAGGCUGUCGAUCCAUCCCUCUGUACUCACGCCAUCUACGCCUUCGCCAAGAUCGCUAAUGGUGUCCUUACCCCGUACGAAUGGAAUGACAAGGAUACGGACUGGUCGAAGGGAAUGUACAGUCGGUUCAACGACCUGAAGAAAAUCAACCCUAGCCUGAAGACCCUCCUGGCAGUUGGCGGAUGGACCCACUCCAGCGCUGGCUUUACGGAAAUGGUGGCAACAAAAGCCUUGAGGAAGAACUUCAUUGACACCAGCAUUGCCUAUCUCAAAGAUACCGGGUUCGAUGGCCUUGAUCUGGACUGGGAGUACCCGGGAGUCAGGGGUAACAGCCCUCCAGAGGAUAAGCAGAACUUCGCUGAUUUAGCCAAAGAACUCCGUGUUGCUUUUGAGGCAGAUGCGAUCAGGACGGGAAGACCCCGCCUUCUACUUACGGCAGCAGUGGGAGUGGGGAAGGAGACAAGCGAGAAAGCUUAUGAUAUCCCUCAACUUGCCAAAUAUUUCGAUUUCAUCAAUUUGAUGACGUACGACUUGCGCGGAGCCUGGGAGAAGACCACGGGACAUCAUUCGCCACUGUAUGGGAGGAGUGGUGAAACCGGUGAUGACCAGACUUUGAAUGUGGAUUGGGCAGUUCAGUACUGGAAGUCCCAGGUCGAAGGAGCAGGAGAAUCGGCCACUAAGCUCAUCCUUGGCGCACCCACAUAUGGACGGACCUUCACCAUGCAGUCGAACACUCCCACCACUGGAAUGGGAGCUCUUGCGAGCGGCCCAGGCAGCAGUGGCCGGUACACGGGAGAGGGGGGAUUUCUGGCUUAUUAUGAGGUGUGCGAUAUGUUGAAAAACGGAGGGACGAGACUUUACAACAGCGAGCACCAGGCUCCCUACGCGAUCCAGGGUAACCAGUGGGUUGGGUACGACGAUAUAGACAGCAUGCAUAACAAGGUCAACUACAUGCAGUCGCAAGGUCUGGGAGGCAUGAUGAUAUGGUCGCUGGCCCUGGAUGACUUUACUGGGUCGUUUUGUGGUCAAGGGAGAUAUCCUCUCAUUACCGCACUAAAUCGAGCCCUGAACGGCGGUGUCCUGCCAACUCUUGGCACCUCCACCGUUAAUGUGCAAACCCUGAUCACUUCAAAACCACCACGCCCAAAUACGUCUCCGCCGAGUACCACAACAACCAAAGCGCCAACAACAACAACCAAAGCGCCAACGACAACAACCAAAGCGCCAACGACAACAACCAAAGCGCCAACAACAACAACAACCAAGGCGCCAACGACAACAACAACGGCGACCACACAAACACCAGUUUCAGGUACAAUGUUCUCCUGUGCUGGAAAAACUGAUGGCCUCUACGCCGACCCGAAGGACUGUUCAAUCUUCCACCAAUGCGCGAAUGGGCGCGAUUACGUCACUUCGUGUCCGCCUGGAACGCUGUUCAACGGUGUCAUUAUGAAUUGUGACUGGGCUACAAAUGUUUCAUGCUAA